UAAGGAGGUUAUAAAUCCCUGUCCGGGCAGCUAAGCUUCCACUGAAGGUGAAAGUCUGACCUGGCAGCCUUCCCCCUGCAAGAAGCAACAAGGUGAAGGAAUGCAGAGCUGCAGGCGUCUUGGUGCUAGACCUCAGAUCUCCACUUCCUGUGUCUCCCGGAGGUUGUCAGGAAUGGUGUUCAGCUUGUACAUGUUGAUGGUGGGGGCUUCUGCCCUCGCCAUUCAGCAUGAGACACACACAGUGGCCCCAGAAAACUGCCGAUUCCGUGGCAAGCAUUAUAAGCAGGAAUUCAGGCUGGAAGGGGAGCCUGUGGUCCUGAGGUGCCCCCAGAUGCCAUAUUGGUUGUGGGCCUCUGCCAGCCUCCAUGUUGACCUGACAUGGCGUAAGAAUGACUCUGCCCACACAGUUCCGGGAGAAGAGACACGAAUGUGGGCCCAGGAUGGUACCCUUUGGGUUCUGCCAGUCUUGCAGGGGGACUCUGGCACCUACAUCUGCACUACCAGAAAUGCCUCUCACUGUGAUGAAAUGUCCAUUGAGCUCAGGGUUUUUGAGAAUACAGAAGCCUCCCUGCCGUUGAUCUCAUACCCGCAAUUUUUAACCUUGUCAACUUCUGGACCAUUAGUGUGCCCUGACCUGAGUGAAUUCACCCGUAACAAAACUGAAGUGAAGAUUCAAUGGUACAAGGAUUCUGUCCUUUUGGAUCAAGACAAUAAGAAAUUUAAAAGUGUGAGAGGGACCACUCGCUUACACGUGCAUGAUGUGUCUGUGGAGGAUGCAGGCUAUUACAUCUGUACCAUGAUGUUUACCCACGAAAGCCGGCAAUACAAUAUCACCAGGGUUGUUGAGCUGCGUGUCAAGGAAAAAGAAGAGGAGACCGUUCCUGUGAUUAUUUCUCCUGUCAAGACCAUAUCAGCUUCAAUGGGGUCAAGACUGACAAUCCCGUGUAAGGUGUUUCUGGGAGCCGGCACACCCUGGACCACUUCGCUGUGGUGGACGGCCAACAACAGCCACAUAGAAAGUGCCUACCCGGAAGGCCGCGUGACCGAGGGGAUGCGACAGGAAUAUUCUGAAAACAGUAAGAACUACAUUGAAGUGCCACUGAUUCUUGAUCCAGUCAUAAGAGAGGACUUGAUCACAGAUUUUAAAUGUGUUGUCCUUAAUACCCUGAGUUUUCAGACGCUACACACCACAGUCAAAGAAGCCCCCUCUACGUUUUCCUGGGGGAUGGUGCUGGCUCCCCUUUCGCUGGUCAUCUUGGUGUUGGGGGGAAUUUGGAUACACAAACGGUACAAACUCAGAAGUGGGAAAGCCUACGGUCUAACCACGCUGAAGACUUGCCAUCAGGACUUCCCAUCCUAUCCCAAGUAAAAUAAACAGAAUGCACUAAUUCAAACCCAA